AUGGAUGUAGGAGAGGUGAUUUAUUUGCUGGUGGAGGUCCUCAUUGCUGUUAUGUGCUGCCUGGGUAACAUGCUGGUGAUCGUGGCUCUGUGGAAAACUAAAAGCAUCCAACAGCCCACCUUCUGCCUCAUUUUGUCUCUGGCCGUGGCUGACUUCAUGGUUGGAUCCGUGGCCAUACCGUUCGCUGUGAUGGUGGAUAGACGCAUAACGACUUCGUUCCAUGUUUGCCUCUUCCUCAGCUGUGUGGUCAUACUGUUGACUGUGGUUUCAGUCCUCUGCCUGCUGGCUAUUGCUGUGGACCGUUACCUGCGGGUGUAUAGCCCUCUCUGGUACAAAAGAACUGUAACAUGGAGACACUCUUAUUUUGCGGUGGCUAUGUGUUGGCUUGUUUCAGUACUACUGAGUUCAACUCCCCUGCUUGGAUGGCACAAAGACCCCUCAGAGCAUGCAAAUGCUACAGGUUUAUGCCAGUUCAUCAAAGUGAUUCCCAUGUCCUACCUGGUUUAUUGUUACUUUUUUCUGUGCACUUUGACGCCGCUGUUCGUUAUGACUGCAUUGUACGGCUGUGUUUUUUGUUACAUUAAAAAAAACCUUAGAGCGAAACCAGGCAACGGUGCACAAAACCAGCUGCAGGAUUACCUGAGGAAAGAGAAACGGCUGGCAGGAUCUCUGGCUCUGGUCUUGUCCCUGUUCACCCUCUCAUGGCUCCCCCUGAACAUAAUGAACUGCAUUGAAUUCUAUCAGCCCCAAAGUGUAAAAGUCACAACUUUCUAUGCUGGCAUUGCAUUUUCUCACGUGAAUUCUGCUGUCAACCCAAUUGUGUAUGCCUUUAAAAUAAAAAAAAUCAAGACGGCUUAUCUUGGGAUAUGGAAAGGCAUUUCAUGUGAAGCAGAAAAUCAAGCAUCUCAAACAAGCAAGACCGAUGAGACGGAUGACAGCAAGUAA